AACCCUACUAAAAACAAUAGAAUAUCAUUAAGUGAUUGUGAUAUUUAAAAAAAUAUAUAUGCCAUAAAGUGACUUACCCACAUCAUCAUUUCGCCUCUGAGCGACCUUACAUUGAGAUAAUUGUGCAAGGUAUAAAAUACAAAAUAAAAUGAAAAUUUUUGGUUUAUUGUUUUUCAUCACUUGUUUGAGCAUAACGUUUCUUUGGUUAAAUCGGAAAUCUUAUAUUGGUUAUUUUGUUCUUAUCGAAUAUUUGGUCGUAAAGAUUUUCAAGUCAAUUUAAUUUAAAAUUGCGUUCAUACGAAUAUUUAGAUUGAUACUGAUUUUCAGGAUAUUUUAAGUUAUGCCGGUAUAGUACUUUUUUGAAAGAUGAUCAAAUUUCUAUGUUUGCUUUCAGUAACAGCAUUUUAUAUAAUAAAAGAUAUUGAAUGUUCAAAUAUAUAUGAUGCACUACGAAAUUACUACGAUAGUGACAUACAUCAGCAGUUUGAAAAAGAAUGGAAGAAAUACAGGCGUGCUUUCGAAAACGAAAUCGCAUCGAAUCUGCAGGAAAACUUCGGUACCAAAGCUCUCAAUAUCUACGAGCCAGAUAGACGCGAUGCACAUUUCCUUGCAGGAGGCUUCCAUCUUACAGACGGCGUGGUGAUGGUAUAUUUCUUUGAAAUGGUAUUAAGAGAACUGCCAGCUUUGAUAGGAACGAAGUUGAAUAUAGACCUAUCCUCUAACCACGUGAAGUUGGAGUCAAAAGUCGAUCGUAUGUUUAUUGACACGUCAUACUACGUAGCGAGGAACUCCUCCUCAGUGAUAUACGCCAGUCCAGAUGAUCAGAAAGAGCUCUCACCCUUCAGCUUACAGCAGGUUGAUAAUUUAGGAAAAGUGGUAAUAGUUGUGGAAGACUGCUCGUUAUCCGGUAUUUCGAUAGCAACCCUGAGUGGAGACUCCGUAAACAUUGGACACUGCACGUUCAUGCUCAGUAAUUGCAAGUUUACGGUUGAGAUAUCAACACCUAAUUCUGGGGCACCACCAGUGAUUGCGCCAUAUUUCCCUAAGGGGCCAAAGGAAAAGCUUGAAAUUGUAAUUUCGAAGCCCAUUCGCGAGGAAUUGCAUACAAAGCUGCAGGGAGCUAUGUAUAGCUACAUCAACACUAGUGUCGUGCUCGGGAGCCACGCGUCCAAUUUCAGAAAUAGUCAACACCAACUGUUUAAAAGCUACGCUGAGUUUAUGACGGACUAUGUUGCAAAAGUAAAUCAGAAGACAUUGAAAGCGAACAAAGGACAUGUCAACCUGGCGAAUUACGAAAUUCUCAUGAACACAGAAACAGACAAGAGAAGGUGGCAGUGCCACAUGACUCUGAGGGACGUGACGUUGUACGGACUUGACACAGCCUAUGUGGCGCGCUCCGGGGGGCCUUAUAAUGACGGCUCGGGGACUAAUACCGCGGCUGAUGCAAUCACCUUUAGUUCCAUACAGAUACGUGGUAAAGUUACCCAUGACGAUGGCAAAGGGAGUAUAACGUAUGAUUUUGCUGCCGAACUUACGGACAUCACAGUGAAUAUUAUUAUUGACAUACAGGAGGGACAGCCCAAGUUACGAGAUAUUCUUCUGACGGGUUGGAGGUACAGCAACUAUUUAAGUUUAGUUAGUUCAGAAGAAAAAAUAUAACAUUUGUAAUGAUAAGUAACUUCAAUAUCGAUUUCAACCUACAAGCAUAACACUGAAAGUUUUUAGAACAUCUGGAUUUUGCUUAUUAGACAAUUUUUUUUUCUUAUCAUGAUGAACUUUGAAAACGCGUACUUACGCAUUUUUUCUAUAUAGUGGAAGCAUUUCAAAAAGCACAUGGCUCUUAUUUUAUAAUUAUGGCAGCGGGUCUAUGAUCCCAGCUACAUUACAAUCAUGGCAACAUCAAAGCAAGCAAUUUUCCAAGUGUCAACAUUAAUAAAAAUAACAAUGAAAAUCGCACAAUCAUCCAAAAAAAUCUUCCUUCUCUUUCUUUUUUAUAAGUGAUAUAUUUCAGAAACAUUCAGUGUUACCGAUGUAAUGUCUUUAAUAACAAACAUCAUCAUCAUUAUUUAUCAAUUACAAUAUUACAUUGUGUUUGAAAAAUCUUAAAUCUAGGCAAAUGCAUACAAAAAAAUGUAUCAAAAAUAAACAUCAUUACAUAAAAAUAAAUAUUAAAAUUAAGUCAAAUAAAUCGCACCGCCGCAUAUAUAGAUAGUGGCUACUUAUGUUAUUUCUAAUGUUUUCCUUUUUGGUUGCUCUUCAAGGUCUUUGGAGUUCUCAAUUAUCCCAUGGGAAACACAAUAUAAAGAAAGGCACGGAUAUCAAUCGUUGGUGUAUGGUCAUAUAUUGAACGAGAUACCAGUACAAAUUAUAGAUCAUUUGACAACUAUAUUAGGUGCACCCAUCGAUGGAACUACGCAAGACGGUGAUGGCGAUGGCAGUGAUGAAAAUAACGGUGGUGAUGUUUCUGAUAAUGACGAAGAGGGAAGGAGUGAAAAUGGAGGUGUAGAUGAUAAUGACUAUAAUUUGGAUAACACUGCCAAAGACAAGCAAUUGAAAAAUAAAAAUGAAAAGGAC